AUGGCGCCUGUUAUGUUCCAGGUCAUGUCUGACCUCCACCUUGAAACUCAUCCGUCAUACAACUACAGCUUUAAACAGACAGCCCCAUAUCUUGCUCUUCUUGGUGACAUCGGCCAGGUCGGGGAUCAUCGACUGUUUCAGUUUCUGGAAAAGCAAGUAAAACGAUACUGGGCAGUAUUUUUCCUACUUGGGAAUCACGAGCCAACAUAUCUUCGUUUCGAUGCGGCAAAAGCUAGAGUCCGAGAAUUUGAAAGGAAGAUGACGAGCCUCCGAGCACAUUCUACUAUCGGUCGCUUUAUAUUCCUGGAUCAAACUCGAUAUGACGUUUCGAACACCCUCACUAUACUAGGCUGUACGUUGUUCUCACAUGUCCUGCCUCUCCAAGAGCAUGCCGUUGCAGGUCGACUGGUAGAUUUCCGAGACAUCAUUCAGUGGAAUGUGGAAGAUCAUAAUGUUGCGCAUAAAUCAGAUCUUGACUGGCUAAACCGCCAAGUUGAGGAGAUUGCCGAUAAUGAGCCGCAACGACAGAUUGUGAUAUUUACUCAUCACAGUCCGUGCUUGGAUAAUAGAGCCAUAGAUCCAGAACACAAGGACAGUGAUGUGAUGUCAGGCUUUGCAACAGAUCUGAGGACAGAGAAUUGCUGGAUGAAUCGGGCAGUUAAAGCGUGGGCUUUUGGACAUACGCACUUCAACACGUUCUUUACAAACGAGAAUGGCGCGAGUAUAAUAUCCAACCAAAAGGGCUAUUAUACGAUUCCUAAACCCACAUUUCGACCGGAGCGUAUAUAUAGCCUAGGCGAGUAA